GCCACUGCUGGAGUUCCAAUACACAGUGAUCACACGCCCGCUGGCCGCCCCUCACCCCCUCACCACCGGCCCACACCCUCGCUCUCAAGUUCAGGGCUGCGUGCGGCGUACUGCCAUUGUUCAGCAACUUCAGUUUGUUUUAACACUUAAUAUACGGUGAACGAAGUGCGCGUGGUCCAUCAACUUGAUAAUGUAAAUGCUCAACUCACUGGGAAGUCAACUGAACAAGUCGCUCAGCACUAUGCUUGAGCGUUGAAACUUCUGUGACUUAUUUCCAAUCCAUAUUGACUGCGGAAAAAAGCUACCUUGAACCAGUAUGGGAAUGUGACGCGCAUUUCCCCAGCGGAUAAUUACAUCAGUGCAGUGUAGAGUGCAUCAAUGGGCGAGCGGAAGGUCGCGGGCUGGCCUCUGUGGUGUAGGUGUCCGGUUUAGUCUCAAGAACGCCAACAGAGUUUGCGUGGUGUGUGUGUGUGUGUGUGUGUGUGUACGGAGGUGUCUGGAGGCCAGGAGCUGAGUGCCGCGCCGCUGACACCACCAUGAUCUAGUCCUCGUCCACUCUGCUCCAACCGCUACCCACAGAAAGAUAUAUACACAAGCCUACUGAGAUUUAAACCAAAAAUUCUGAAAGGUUGGUGAGUGUGUGACGUCACUGGGACUCCUGCCUCCGGCAUGUGUGUACCUCGCUUGUGAACCAAACUACAGAUGCCAGCCAAGAUGGGUGAAGAGUGGGACAUCGACUCCAUCAAGGAGGAGGGGUGGCAGGAGCGGGCCGUGUACCUGGUCCCUGACACGCCUACUGAAGACAACUGCCCCAACCAUGCCACGCUCUCCCUGCCCCGCAACCUGGUCCUCAAGGACUCCGAGGCCAUCGCUGACGUGUUGGGCAUCUGGAGCACCGACUACAUCCCUCGGGGCACGCGCUUCGGACCCCUCGUCGGCCAGUGCUACGCCAAGGACCAGGUUCCCGAGACGGCUAAUCGCAAAUACUUCUGGCGGGUGGAUGUGGGCGAGGGGAAGCAAGUGGAGGUGUACCGGGGAGAUGAACUCUACUACUACAUCGACGGCUACGACACCACCAAAGCCAACUGGAUGCGCUACGUCAACCCCGCCUACAGCUCCGAGGCCCAGAACCUCAUCGCCUGCCAGUAUCAGUCAAACAUCUACUUCUACACCAUCAAGCCCAUCCUGCCCGACAAGGAGCUGCUGGUGUGGUACUGUCGGGAGUUCGCCACCAGACUCAACUACCCGCUCACCGGGGAACAGAUGCUCGACAAGAUCCGCCAGCAAGUGGGCGACCCGGAAGUGAAGGAGGAGCCCGAGACGGUGAUGGCGGGCAAGACUCCGGCAGCGUCCCCGGCGGCGUCCUCCACCACGGCAGCCUCGCCCCCCAUCGCGUCCCCCACCCAGUUUGAGGCGAGGCUCGGCCAGCUGACCCCGACGGACGGGUCCGUGAGGUCAGACGAAGGGUACGACAGCAACGGAUAUCAUCAUGACUUUAAUAUGCCAGAAGAUUCUUCCGACUCUGAAGGCGAUAAUAACUAUGUCCUAGAUUUUAGUAAAAAGAAGAGGAAGGAAUCUCCCACUCAGGAUGAAGAAGCUGACCUGCGAAAUGAAUACAGAAAAGUAAAAAUCAAGAUGCCACGAGCGUACCACUACCGCUCUAAGUCCACAGGAUCUGACUCUUCGGAGAAGGAGAAGUCAGCGUCGCCGCCGCUGGAUUGUCAGCAGGCGGUGGCUGACACCCAGGUGAUGCCCCUGCUGGAGCCCCAGUCACAGUCUCUGCCACAGUCAGUGCAGCCGGCAGUGCCGCGACCCACCACCACCACCACCUCCGUCCAUCCUGGUAAACGCAACUCUCAAGAAUCAUCGCCCAGUCGCCGGUCUCCGUCAUACGUAGCCCCCGCACGCUACUCGCCCUUCAUGGAGCAGACUCCUAGGGUGGACUCUGUCAUGGAGAAGGAGCAGCGGCCUGAGAGUACACAGAACCAAACCACUCGGAGGUACCCCCUUCCAGACCAGACCAUUCAUCAAGCUCUGGAAGUACUCCGUCCCACUGAGGUCCUCCGCCCAACAGAAGCACCCCGUCCUGACGCCAGAACUAGCCAGGUAUUCCCAGACUCCCGCAUGCCGGUUCUGCCGGACACUGCCCUGUCCUGUAUCACCAUCACCAAGCAACAGAUGUCUCCUGACACCCGGCAGCCACCUAUGCCAGACACUCGUAUGGGUCUGCCCCCGGUGGUUCGUCUGCCACUGCCACAUGACUCACGGCUGACCCAGGGGCGCCUUCCAUUGCCACCGAUGACACGUCUGCCGGGCUUGCCCUCCAGUAUCACCAGUAUGACUCCACGCCUGCCUGUCAUGCCACCUCAGGACCCACGUAUCACCGUCGCCCCCGACCCGCGCCUACCUGUGCCACCUGACACCAGACACACUAUGCAGCCUGACACACGACACCCAGGGCCACAAGACACAAGACACCUUCUCUCAGCUGACACCAGACUCCCGGUGCCACCUGACACUCAAAUGGUAUCUCCUCGUCCCUCUGGGUCCAUCUUGGAGAAUAUUCUUUUAAGGCGACUAGGGGGGAAGGAUGAAGCAGACACUACGCACUCCUCGACCACUUCUCACAGGGAUCUGAAGGAGCCCGUCCACAUUGCUGUGCCCAGCGAUGCCCACUACAAGCCUGACAGUGCCACAAGCAGCUCGGGACCUUCGCAUGAUUUCCUCUACAAACGAAAUUAUUGUAGUUCAGAUUCCAGCCAACAGAUCUCUCCAGAUUCCUCGUCGACGCCCCAAAAGUCCGGUUCCGGGUGCUCCACUUCCUACCACCCACCGCCGCAGGUGUCUUACGCCGUCCAGGCACCAGUCACCAACUCCACCUACCGCACACCUGUCUCCCAGAUGUUCUCAUCACCACAUUUUAACAUGUAUUCCUAUAAUGGCUACAAUGGGAGUAACACCAAUGGCUUCCCUCCAGGAAGCCAGGGUUCUAUGCCAAUGGAUCAUCGCCUGACCAUUUCCAUCCCCACGACAGCAUCAGGACAUUCUCCGCCCUCCAGCAAUUCCUCUCAUUCGUCGCAGGGGUCACCGUCCUCGCAGGGCUCCACCUCGCCAACAAACGGCAACAGGGGCUACCGCUCCCUUCCCUAUCCACUGCAAAAAAAGGAUGGUAAGAUGCAUUACGAGUGCAAUGUGUGUUUCAAAACAUUCGGUCAACUGUCCAAUUUAAAAGUGCAUCUUAGAACUCACUCUGGGGAGCGACCCUUCAAGUGUAAUGUUUGUAUCAAGAGUUUUACCCAGUUAGCGCAUUUACAAAAGCACCACCUCGUUCACACCGGUGAGAAACCUCACCAGUGUGACAUAUGCAAAAAGAGAUUUAGCUCCACCUCAAAUCUGAAGACUCAUAUGAGGCUACACUCUGGGCAGAAGCCGUAUGCCUGCGAUCUAUGCCCAGCCAAAUUCACCCAGUUCGUUCACCUCAAGUUGCACAAGAGAUUACACACCAACGAGCGGCCCUACACGUGUAAUACCUGCAAUAAGAAAUAUAUCAGUGCUUCUGGUCUCAGGACACACUGGAAGACGACGAGCUGUAAGCCGUCCACCCCUGAGGAGGAGCUGGCGGUGGAGAGGUCCCCGACGGGGUCCUCGGGAGGAUACGACUACUGUCCCUCCAUCGCCUCAGGGAGCAGCCUGGAUACGGUGGACACGAGCAGUAUGGACGGGAUGCAAACGUCCCCGAGACACGACCUUCAUGAUUCUGGCGACUACGACCCUAAGAGCCCGUCCUACAUGAUCCCGGAGGAGCUGAUCAAGCAGUCACAAGAGGAGUUCAAAUCCUACAACCAAGAAAUCAAGUGUGAAUCCGACACCAGACCCUCAGUGAUCGAAUCCUCCGCUCAUCAUGCAAUUGAGUGCACUUAAAAACUCUGUGAUGCAACGUAAGCGUGUUACUCGUGUUUGAAGUACCUUUUUAUUUUAGACAAGUGAGGUGAAAUCUCAUGGCAGACCGUGACGACGCCUAGCCUCCAGUGCAGAAAAUGUGGAGACUUGCGUCACUCAUCCGAACUCUCAGGAGUGGAUACAAAAACAAAACAAAGAAACUCUAGUUUCGGUGCAUCACUGGCGUUUGGCAUUCUUUGCGAGUGUCGUGGAGGGACUUACAGGCGAGGCACUCCACACACACACUCACAUACACCCCGCCAGUAUUGAACGAGAGGCGAGAGAGUGGCCGAGACAGAACACACACACAUUGGUGUAGUCGGUGUCACAAGCCAAGAGGACUCGAUUGACCUGCCUAACGUAACCACACUAAUUUCCAUUGACUUCACAAACAGAAGUACUGACCCUUGAACUGGCUGGCUUCUCUCAAACUUGACCACAAAAUGAAAAAAAUCAAACAUAUCUAACCUUCAAUUCCAGUAUCGGCAUUAUCUUUUUUUUGUUUUUGUUGUAUUUAUAAUUUGUUGUUCGUGUGUUGACAGUGGCAUUUAUAACCAGUCAAGAUUUGUGUUCGCUCCGGCAAAACGGGACGAGGGGUCACCACAUAUAUCAAAUUUUAGCUUUAGCGCGUAGUUAAUGAUGGCUACACACACACACACACACACACACACACACACACACACACACACACACACACACACACACACACACACACACACACACACACACACACACUCUCUUAUAAACGCAAAGACAAAACGAACUAUUUAGCGUUUGAUAUAAGCAGAUCCUGACACGAACUGACAUUAUAAUGUCUGAAAAAGUCACCAUAAUGACUGACACAACUGACACCAUAAUGACUGACACAACUGACACUAUAAUGACUGUGACACUAUAAUGACGUGUCACUAUAAUGACAGUGACACUAUAAUGACAGUGACACUAUAAUGACUGUGACACUAUAAUAACUGUGACACUAUAAUGACAGUGACACUAUAAUGACAGUGACACUAUAAUGACAGUGACACUAUAAUGACAGUGACACUAUAAUGACUGUGACACUAUAAUGACUGUGACACUAUAAUGACUGUGACACUAUAAUGACUGUGACACUAUAAUGACUGUGACACUAUAAUGACUGUGACACAAUACUGACAGUAACUACGGUGACUGACACUACACAGACUGUGACACCAUAGCCACUGUGACAACUCCUCUACUUCAACACAUGCUCCCCCUCCCCUUUCCCCUCUCCCCUAUCUUCCUCCUAUUCCCACCUAUCUUCCCCUUAUGCCUCCCCCCUUCCCCUAAGGGGGUGCUCUUAGACCUCUCUGUCUUUCCAAACUCUAAGAUCCUCGUUUCCCGACGAGGCUCCACUUUCAUUGUAAUGCUCAAUUUUGUGGCAAUUAUAGUAGAUAACGACCCAACUAGACGGAGAGUGGCUUGAUAACAGUGCUGACCUCUCAGAACAGUAUUGACCCCUCGGUGACCCGCAGCCAGGCGAAGGCAGCUGACCUCUAAGGGCUUAUUAAUUUUCCCAUAUCUCGUCUGCAUGCUCAAUAUUUUGGUGACCUGACUUGGGGUCAAGAUUCGCGUGACCUUUCUUCGCACCGUCCAUAGUGAUUACUGAGGUAUUUGGGUACCCUCCGUGUUUGGGUACGCUCUAUGUUUGGGUACCCCACCGUGUUUGGGUACCCCAUCGUGUUUGGGUACCCUCUGUGUCUGGGUACCCUCCGUGUCUGGGUAUGGUCUAGGUGUUGAUGGGGCUUCCUGAAGGAGUGGACAAAGGUAUGUACGUCCACUCUCUGGAGGUGCCAAUCAUGCCUACACAGGAAUGAGAGGUACUCAUAUGUAUACCGUCUACACUAAGCCUUCUCCACACUCCUGACCCCUUAGCGUCAGGGUGUGGAGCGUCUGGUGUUCCGGUGGAUGGGGACCACUACCCAUGUGUCCACUGGUAGAUUGGUGGUAUCUCGCCUAUCCACUGGUGGAGUAUAGGUAUCUCGCCUGUCAAUGUGCCUCUUCAAUCCUCACUGUAUAAAUUGUAUAGUUCAAAUUUUGUAUAAAUGUACAUAUUAUUUAA